GCGGAGGUCGGAGGGCGCAAGCCCAACGACGGUGAUGAGGUGGAGAAGAGCAUGGGCGACAGGCCCAUGGUAGUGGAGGCCGGAACAUCAUCUAGGCCGGAAGAGUUGGAAAUGGACUCGGAGUCAAGCCUGAGUGUCUCCUCUGUCCGGAGCAGAAGGCUCUGGAGGAGACACUCCCAGUCCAUAGAUAACUGCUCGCUUCGAUCGAGUGACACUGACGAGCCGCCACCCAAGGCGCCAACAACUGACGGUCGAGGGAGAGGGCGUUCCACUCCCACUCCCACGACUGGAAAAUACGUCGGGAUAAAGAAGGCCCAACAAGAACGGGGACAGGCUGAAGAGGGAAGAGGCGCGAAAGAGGGCCGAAGAGGAGCUGGAAGAGCGGCUGCGUUACGAGGACCUAAUCCAGUGCGGGCAAAUUGUGCGGGCAACUGUGAGAAAGUCCGGAAAUCUAAAGGGCACGUCACAAAGGCGCUCAACCGAGUAAUUAAUAUUAUCACUCGGUACGUACAGCAGCCAGAGUCGGCCGCCAUUACCCGUCUGGAAGAGGAGAGAAAGAAGUGGCGCGAAAACAGCGCGCGCCUGGAGGAGAGCGUAAAGCGGCUAGAAGAGGAAAACUCCUCCCUCCGCCGUCGGCUCGAGGACCUGGAAGCGUCAAACAACUCCAGGACCACCACGGAGGAAAUGCUGGCCAUGGUAGAAGCAAGGGUCCAGGCCAGACUGGAGUCGGCCCUGAUGGGGCCAGCCCAGAGGCCCAGCCUGGCCCACGAAAGAAAGGCCGCCUCGGGGACACACAGCUCCCAGUGUCAGGAGGCAUAUAGCAGAAGGAACCAGCGCGCCACCGCAGCCAAUUGCGGGACCCUCAACGGCGCCAGACACCACACCGGCACCCCGCGCCGCUCGCCAGAGGAAGGGUCAAACCAAGAAGACGGCACCGGCGCCAAAGGAAGGAGGGAAAAGAAGGGCCCGGUUCAAGCCAGUCCGGAGCCCCGCCCAUUGCCACCGGCCCCCACCUCCAUGGAGACACCGUGGGUCGUUGUGGCAAGCAGAAAGAGCAAGAAGACGAAGCCUGCAGUGCCGCCGAAAAAAGUGCAGGCACAACAACAGGCACGCCGGACCGAACCCAAAGUGCGACCGCCACGCUCCGCGGCAGUUAUCAUUUCGCUUACGACAGCGGCGGUGGCAAAGGGGCUUUCGUACAAGCAGGUGCUAACGGACGCCCAGACAAGGGUAGACCUCACCGGCCUUGACAUAUCGAGGCUGAAGCCAAAGAGAUUUCGGGCGAAGCCCAUGGAGGGAGUGGCCCGAUCAUCUGUGGCCACAGAAGUCGAUAGGACUCGAGUGGGAGUGUCUCUUCCGUCCGGAGCAGGAGGCUCUGGAGAAGGCACUCCCGCUCGAUCGACAGCUGGUCGCUUCCUAAACAGCGACACCGACGAGCCGGUGCCCAAGGCGCAGUCCACCGACGGCCGAGGGGGAGGACGUGCUCCUACGAGUCGGCCGCCAUUGCCCGUCUGGAAGAGGAGAAAGUGGCGCGAAAACAGCGAGCGCCUGGAGGCCAAGCGUAAAGCGGCUAGAAGAGGAAAACUCCUCCCUCCGCCGUCGGCUCGAGGACCUGGAAGCGUCAAACAACCCCAGGACCACCACGGAGAGAUGCUGGCCAUGGUGGAGGGGACUGGUGGGAGGCCCGCAGCCCAAGACCAAGAAGGAGAAAGGGAAAGGCAAGAAGAAACAGCCUCCGCUCACCCAACCCCCGCUCCCGUGGCCGGACCAUCCAGCGCGCCGCUGCAAGACAUCGCUGGGCCCUCCACGGCGGCGGCUGGCAGCAGCACAGCCUGCCACCAAAGAAAGCAGGCGAAGCCGCUGCAAAUAACAAAACAGCGUCGGGCCCCAAGCCCCAAAAGGGCGUUAAGAAGACGGCACCGCCCCCUCCGGAACCCCGCCCAUUGCCGCCAGCUCCGGCCUCAAUGGAGGCACCGUGGACUGAGUCGUAAACCGGAAAAAGAACAAGACCAGCGCGACUAG